UCUUGCGCUCGCAUCACCCCCAGCCUCGCCGAUCGCACACCUGCAUCAUCACCAUGGACAAGCGAAUGAUUGGAAUCCUUGGCGGCGGCCAGCUCGGACGCAUGACCAUCGAGGCCGCAAACCGCCUCAACAUCUCGGUCGCCGUGCUCGACACGGCCGGCAAUCCCGCCGCCCAAAUCUCCUCGGUCGCUCCCCAUGUCGACGGCACCUUCAAGGAUGCCGACCGGAUCAUGGAGCUCGCCAAGCAGUGCAACAACCUCACUGUCGAAAUCGAGCACGUCAACUGCGAUGCCCUGGAGCGCGCCGAGAAAGAGCUCGGCAUCUCCGUCCAGCCCACCCCGGCCACCAUCCGGGUCAUCCAGGACAAGUACGUCCAGAAGGUCCAUCUCGCCAAGCACAGCGUGCCGCUGCCUGAGUUUGCCGAGGUCGAGCCCGGAAACGAGGUCGCUUCGAUCAAGAGCACGGCUGUUGGCUUUGGCUUCCCGCUCAUGCUCAAGUCCAAGACCCUUGCCUAUGACGGCCGAGGCAACCGCGUCGUCAAGAACGAAGCCGAUGUCGAGGCCGCCGUCAACGAUCUCGGCGGCGGCCAGCAAAAGAAUGGCCCGCAACUCUACGUCGAGAAGUGGGUCUCGUUCAAAAAGGAGCUCGCCGUCAUGGUCGCCCGCGGCCUUGACGGCGCCAUCCUGUCGUAUCCCUGCGUCGAGACCGUCCAGAAGGACAACAUCUGCCACUUGGUGAUUGCUCCCGCCCAGAUCGACGGGCUGGUUGCCAGGAACGCCCGCGACAUUGCCGAGCAGGCGAUUGCCUCGCUUCCUGGCGCCGGCGUCUUUGGCGUCGAGAUGUUCCUGCUUGAUGAUGGAUCCAUCGUCCUGAACGAGAUCGCCCCCCGUCCUCACAACUCGGGCCACUACACCAUCGAGGCUUGCCACACCUCGCAGUUCGAGCAGCAUCUCCGCUGCAUCCUGGGUCUGCCCCUCGGCAGCACCGAGAUGAAGGUGCCGGCCUCCGUCAUGGUCAACAUUCUCGGCCUCGGUGAUGGCGAUGCCGGCAUGGAUGAAACCCUCAAGCCCUGCGUCGCAGCCAUGGCUCUCAAGGGCGCCACCAUCCACCUCUACGGAAAGGGCUCCUGCCGGAAGGGCCGCAAGAUGGGCCACGUCACCAUCGUCGGCGAAACCAUGCCCGAAGUCUUCAAGGCCGUCGACGAGAUGCUGGCGCUCAUGCCCGGCACCGAAAAAUCGAGCGUCCUCAGCGUACGCCCCGUCGUUGGCAUCAUCAUGGGCUCGGACUCGGAUCUGCCGACCCUCAAAGCCGCGGCCACCAUCCUGAAGGACUUUGGCGUGCCCUUUGAGCUCAGCAUCGUCUCGGCCCACCGCACGCCCCUGCGGAUGGUCAACUAUGCCAAGACGGCGCACGAGCGCGGCAUCAAGGUCAUCAUUGCUGCUGCUGGCGGAGCCGCCCAUCUGCCCGGCAUGGUCGCUGCUCUGACUCCUCUGCCUGUCAUUGGCGUUCCGGUCGCCCUGCGUGUCCUGGAUGGCAUGGACUCGCUCUACUCGAUCGUCCAGAUGCCGAGGGGCAUCCCUGUGGCCACCGUUGCCAUCAACAACUCCACCAACGCUGCCCUACUCGCUGUCCGAAUCCUCGGCGCCGAUACGCCAGUCUACCUCAAGCGGAUGGAGGCGUAUAUGAAGAAACAGGAGGCCGAAGUCCUGACCAAGAUCGAGACCCUGGAGUCCGUUGGAUGGGAAAAGUACGAGGUCAAGCACUAACCAGACUCGACUUUGAGCAGACUCGGCAUUAGGCAGACUCGGUGGGCACCCGACCCGGCGUUGCAUUUCAAUUUUUCACCGUGGCCUUGGUGGACAGAGUGACGACAUCCAUUGCUGUGUUCGCCGGUUGCUGUGACUCUGGUUUUUCCCUUCUGCCGCCAAUUCCCAGACGCAGCGCAACAUGCCUUCGCGCAAGCCUUUGUCCCUGUCGUCGGGGGCGGCUCCACGGACAGCUUGAGCGACCAAAACACCCCGGCCCUUGAAUACAUUAGAUUUCCCCAGUCCCGAACUCCAGGGCUGAUCUCCAUGAUGGAGCGGUGAAA